UCAUGACCACAGGAACCAAACUUUAGCUCGUAACGGUAUCUGUAGCAUAACAGCUAACUUAUCAGUAUUCAAAACAAAAGCUCUCGUAAGCACAAUAUCUUCGUUCAACACCUAUUUGGACGUUAAUAUGGAGCUGUAGGCAGGACUUAUAAAUAAAGUGUUGAGGAAUGGUGUGACUGCAGCAGAACCAGUAAAGAUGCACAGCCGUCUGCAGGAGUUGAAGAAGGAAGAGGAGACUCUCCUCAAAAUCAAAGUCAUGCUCCAAGACCAACUGAACAGGCUGAAGUUCGAAGAGGGGGCUUUAAAAUCUAUCAUUAGUGCACAAACAGAAGAAGGAGCCUCUGAACGAUCUUCCCCAGAAGCUGAGGUUCAUAUUAACCUCGAUGAUGAGGGCGAGAUCAAUCAAACCAAACUGCUACUGAAUGCCGCAAUAGAUCUUGAUAUGGAGGAGGACGACGAUGAGGAGGAAGAUGAAGAGGAUGACGAAGAAGAUGACAUUGAGAUUGGGUCUGGCCCUGAUGACGAUGAGGAGGAUGAUGAUUACUGAGAUUCUCAGUGUCUCAUGGAGCUUAACUAUUUGCACCACUGAAGAAGAACCACAUGUUAACAGACAUAUGUUCAUUUGUUCACCUGUUUAUCACUUAUACAGUUUAAUUUAUUUGAAUGGAGUGAGUAACAGUUACAGUGUAAUGAUGAGUGGUGCUAACAGUACCCUCCUUGGUCUGGUUUAAGGCACAACAAACCACAUAAGAAUUUAUUUGUCAAAUGUUGUGAAAAAGGUCUAUCUGAAAUGCAGUAAGACAGUGUUAUUAGCUGCUUAUAGCUUACUAGACAUAUUGUGCAUUUUGAGGAUUAGCAUUAAAAUGUGUGGCUGGGCCAUAUAAGAAGAUAGUACAUAUACAUUAUGCAAGAAAUGAUAAUUGUAAGCACAAAAUAAAAUGUUUUGCAUACGUUU